AACAAAAUCCGAAGUUUCUCAUAAAAGAACAGCCGUCUGAGUAGAUUAAAGUGACUAUGUCUUUUUUCAUUUAUCUUCUCAUUUUUGCCUUAUUUCUUGGAGUAUUUGGUGUCCAACCAACUCACGAAGAAUGCAAAAUAGAACGGAAAAAACUGGAGAGAUGUAAUAAUAAUCUUGCAACCAGAAUUUCUGAUAUCGUCGACAACAAAGCAUUUCUGCCAAAUAGGAAAUCUAUUGAAGAAGUCCAGACGUGCGUUGGCGUCUUGCAUUGUGAUCUCACCAAAAGUUAUAUGAAAUUCAAAUCAACAGAAAUGGAGUUUGCUGAGAAAAUGAACGAAAUCUAUUCUUGCACUGGAUCUGGUGUCUACACAUACAUUUCACAAGAGUGCGCCGAUAUCACGGGAGUUAAAGACGAAUCUUGCUUCAAGUUUGGAGAGUUCCAGGACUGCAUCGAGAAAAACAUUGAGAAAACACCAAGAUGCACCAAAAGUGACGCCGAAAAAUUCAAGACAUUUUCCAAUUUAAUUGGUCAAAUGUGCCAAAACAACGUUGAACUUGCCAAAGAUAUAAAGGCUUUUAAUAAAGCCAACCUUGUUCAAUAGAAAAUGUGGUUUUGUUGUUUUUUGUUUCCCUUUAUAAUUGCAAUUUUUUGUUUCUAUAUUCAGUUCUAAGUCUUAAAUUGUCGGAAAACCGAGAAAUAAAGUUAUUUGAGCAUUUAAAU